AUGCGUCCAUUUCACCGUGUUGAAGAUCCAGGUUUUAUAAUCGUAUUUCAGGUUUUGUUAGAUAUUGGUGCUCGAUAUGGACAACUACCUGUAGAAAAAGUAAGAGCAGAAAAUAUUUUGCCGCGUGAAAAUACAGUCAAAAGACACAUUCAAACUCUUGCUGGUAUUUCUCGAUCAGAAGUAGCAACUCGUAUAGCUGCUACAGAUGAACGUGGUGAACUAGCGUUUAGUCCAGACCUUUGGACAGAUCGUGUCAUUCUGGAACAAAAAAUAGAAUUACAAGAUAUUCAUUUUGCAGCUGCUAUGCUGAAUCCAAGUUAUCGUUCUUUGUGGCAGGCAACGAAAGAAGAACAAACACGAACACAAAAAUAUUUAAGAAAAAGAUUAGAUGAUAUUAGUCAAUCGGUUGCAUCAUCAGCACUUAUACAUAGUGAUAGUGAUGAUGAUUAUGACAAUCGUGAUUAUCUGGCAAGAUAUGUGGAUAAUCCACCAAUAUCACGUAAACAAGAUGAAGUUUCUCGAUAUCUUAAAUUUAAUCAUCGUGAAACAAACACAUCUGAUAUACUAGAAUUUUGGAAGACAAUGGCUGGUUUUUUUUCAUCUUUGGCCAAAGUCGCAUUCCAAAUUUUAACGGUCCCAGCAACAUCAGCUAGUAUGGAGCGCAGCUUUAGUGCGGCUGGUCAAGUGGUCUUCGAACGUCGAUCAAACAUUUCUCCAGAUGUAGUAGAUGAUAUUGUUUUUUUUUACGUUCAAUCAAGAAAAACAAAUAAAAGAAAAGAACAUGAAAUAAAAUAA